GCCUCCAUGCAAUUACCCAUGCACCGCGCUUGACAUCACCCACACUUUGGUCCGUUGCGUCAGCAGUUUUGAUUAAAUGAAGCGGUCGUCUAGGGGAACAGAACUCGGAAAUCUCUCUCUCUCAAUCUUCUCCCUUUUCUCGAUUCCAAUCUUGCCUUAAGUAAACCCUAGAGCUCGGGCAGAGAAAGGAAAGAGGGGCCCUUCUUAUAUACCCGCGACCCCCUUCGGCUUCUUCCCCACCCUAAGCCUAAUCGUGGUCGCCAGCAUUAGUGCAUGGGAGCUGCUGAGGUGAUCUGGGAAGAGGCAGCCAAGGGACAGUACCUGUGUGAAGAUGGUUCUAAAUGUCGACCUCAAUGUGCCACCACUGGAGAGCUGGAUGCCGAAUGGAGCUUCCGGUUCUGCCCAUCCAUGGGAAUCGCAGGGAGUUACUGUUCCUGUCAAUCCUCAGUGCGGUCAUUCCACCAGAGGGCAGCAAGGGGCGGUGCUCACAUCCAAUAAUGGGUUAAGGAGUUCGCCCAUUGAUGUAGAGGCACUUGAGGAUGACGUUGAGAUGUUCUCUUCCUUGAGAGGAUUUCCUCAAACAAGGAACCGUGCCAGGAGGAACCAACCUGUGACGGUAGUCCUAGAUGAAGAUCUUGAAACGAGACCAAGACACUCAGGGGUCACCAUUGGGGAACCGGUGACCACAUUAUCCCUCAACACUCAUAACAGGCGUGAAAGGAUUCCAACAAACAUGACUAUAAUUAAUUGUGAUCUUGAUCUGGAUCCAGAAGAAGAGAGUGAUGCAAAGGUCAGGAUGAUUACUUCAAUUGAAUCCAGCUGCUGCUAUAAGAUGAUAUCUAUCUGGCAUUUUGAGUGCAUGUAUGUGCACGUGAUGAAAGCGUAUCAACACUUGAAGUCUUUGGGUGAUACAAUGGAACUGUCAAACGUAAACGGAAACCCUUGGUUUUAUGUAUAUUUCUCUCUUGUUAUUUAGAGAUGGUCAUGUGGAUGCUCCACCUUCUGAUACAAAGGUGGAAACUCCUUCACAACGUACCGAUGCCAACUACUGAAGUAACAAGUGCACCUUAAGUGGGUGCCUUAUCUACAAACAAAUACUAAUCUAUGAUCUAUCUCCAUCAAUCGUCAUCACUCGAAUGUUAUAGGACGAUAUCUAUUUGGCAUUGUGAGUACAUGAAUGUUCAUGUAAUGGAAGCUUGUUAUUGCUUGAGGUGUUUUUGGGUGAUGCAAUGUGAACUAUCAAAUAUAAAUGGGAACCUUGGUCUCA